UUCACCGUAGACGUGACUGCUCCGGCUGGAUGCUCUGCAGGACUUAAAGCGCUCUCCGCUUGCGUCGGUCAUUAACCUUGACAACGUUGCCCGGUUAUUCUGGCCUUGUUCACAGGGAAAACAAAUAAUCGCGCAAAAGCUGUUCUAACGACUGGGCUGCAGGAGCAGGAACUCCAACAUCCCUUGACUUUGAGCGGUGGAAAAAAAUAAGACACCAAAAACAUGAAACUGGAAGUAUUCUGCGGGAGUCACUUUGCAGUUAAACCCCUCGAGGUGUGCAGCGACGGCGAGGGCAGCGUCCUUUCGCCGCUCUCGGGCGAGGAUGAACUGGGCUCGGAUGGAGACUGUGUGGCCAACAGUCCGGCACCUGCCACGCCGUUGUCUGACGGGAAAGGCAAACCCUACACCCGGAGACCAAAGCCACCGUACUCCUACAUCGCCCUGAUCGCCAUGGCUAUCCGUGACUCUCCAACGGGGCGGCUCACUUUAGCGGAGAUCAAUGACUACCUGAUGAAAAAAUUCCCCUUUUUUAGGGGCAGCUACACCGGCUGGAGGAACUCGGUGCGUCACAACCUGUCGCUGAAUGACUGCUUUCUAAAAGUUCUGCGGGACCCGUCCAGACCGUGGGGGAAAGACAACUACUGGAUGCUGAACCCUCACAGCGAGUACACUUUUGCCGACGGGGUGUUCCGUCGCCGGAGGAAGCGCAUCAUCAAAAAGGCUAUCAAAGAGACCGACGCCCCAGAGCAGGUUGCCAGCAAGGAUGCGCCGGCCUCGCUCACCUCCACGUCGCCCAAAGAAGACGGACAAAGCGCCAAGUUCUCCAGCUCGUUCGCCAUUGACAGCAUCCUCAGCAAACCAUUCCUUAGAAACGAGGAUGGCCAGCGCGAGGCGGACGGCAUCCCCUCCGGUUACCGCGUGAGGUGGCCCGGCGUCACCCACGCGGUGCCUUACGCAAUGCGGUAUCCUCCUGCAGCGAUGGCCUACUCACAGCCGGCUUUCCAGGGUUGUCCCGGCGGCACGCAUUUGCUGCAAGCGUACACAUGCGGCUACCCAGAUCCGGUCCAAGCAGGGGGCGUUUUUACCGCUGUUCACCUGCCUUCAGAGAGUUCGCCAGCCUCUGGGACAUUUUCUCCUGUUCAGGUGGCUACCACGACGAAAGGCGGCAGCUACCACCCGUUCAAAAUAGACUAUUUGCUUUCCUAACACAGGAGGCAAAGCGGGGUUGAUUAAUUUGUUAUCGCAAGCACUUUUACAUGCACUGUGUAAAUAUAAGAGCUAAAUGCAUCUCUCUGCAUUGAGCUAGGAGUUGGCAACCAGUUGC